AUGGAUAUCGAGAAAAAAUACGUUCAGGAAGCAUACAAAUGUUUGGCAUCACUUCCGGAUGCUGUUUACUGUCGAAAUGCAACUCGAAAGUCGGCAAUUCGAUGGGUUAAUGUUCAACAAUUUGUUAAUCAACUCCCGCUGGGCACAGUUGUCAUUGAUAUCGGUUGUGGUGAAGCGAAAUACCACAGAAACGAUUGUUUCUUUAUGGAUUGCGAUACAUGUUUAGAAAUGCUUGUGCAGUUGCAAUUACCGCCAAUGGUUGACUUGCAGUUAGCAGAUGCUCUAAAUUUACCGUAUAGGUCGAAUAGUAUUGAUGCCGCCUUAUUAGUAUCGGUUUUACACCAUUUUACAACGCUCGAUCGGAGGAAACGGGCGUUAACUGAAGUUGCACGAUGCUUACGACCCCGGCAAUGGUCAAGUAUUGAUAUAUGUUUGGGCAUUCGAACAACCAAAUGGGAAAUUUCCGUCACAAGACGUACUGGUGCCUUGCCAAUUGCAUCAUUGCGAUAG